AUGUCUACAGAAGUCGAGAGUGCAGCUGGGGUGCCAAAAACGCUGCCAAAUGGACCAAUUGAAGGCAUUCAGUAUCCGCUUAAAGUACAAUACUGUGGAGAAUGCUCAAUGCCUCUGGAGUUUUGUGAAUACUAUUCAAACUUUGCAAAAUGCAAAGAAUGGCUUGAAAAAACUUUACCCGACAUGUUCGCUCAGUUGUAUACAAACGAUGGUGAUAAUGGUGAAGCGGACGGAGAUGAUGAGCAGAGCAAGAAGGGCCGUCAAAAACGAGGAGGCAAGGCGCUGUUGAAGCCCAAAAAGAAGGAAGUUGGCGAGAGGUUUGUUAAACUGGCUCGGGCAAAUCGAGGCAAAAAGAAAUACGUAACAGUUGUCACUGGCCUAGCAUCAUUCGGAAUUGAUCUCAAAGACGCUAGCAAGUUCUUUGCAUCUCGAUUUGCUUGUGGAUCAUCUGUAACAGGCGCAGACGAAAUUGUGAUCCAAGGUGACGUAAAAGACGAUCUGUGGGAUGUGAUUCCGGAAAAGUGGGCCGAAAUUGAAGAAGAAGCCAUCGACGAUAUUGGUGAUAUUAAGAAAUAG